AUGAUGCGAAUGACUGAGGCUCAAGGCCGAUCAUUUGCGUCCUUUUCACGGAGCGCAAGCUUACCAGGGGCAAGACUGUGCAAAGUCAAAAUCAUCCGCUCCGGAUGUACCAAACACCAUCGCCGAACCCUCAUCUUCCUCUGCCGCAAUAAAUUCGGCCGCGCUGCCCGUAUCGAAGUCAUACCCAACAGCAAGGCGGGAUUCGUAAACCCCGCAGAAGCAGAAGGAUUUAUCACUCGAUUGAAAGAGCACUACAAAUUUCCUGAGUUCGAAGAGGGAACUAAGUGGUGGGCGAAAUGCUACGAGUGUUGUGAAUACCCUCUACAAUGGCCGGAGUCAUGGUCCUCGGAUGUUGUGCGGCAGGUUGAGAGUAUGACUCACCGCGAUGAAGAUGGGCAGUUGAAUAAGAAUGAAAUGGACCGGUUGAGAGAGAUUAUACGGAUUGGGCAGUGCCCGGACAAUCACCACCCGUGGCAGAGGGGUGUGGAGUACUGGGAGGUGGAUGGGAUUCCGCGCGGCCAAAGUGAAGAGGCACCGUAG